CCCUCUCUCUCUCGCUCUCACGUGCUCUGUCAGAGACCUCUCCCCACCCCCCAACGACCACUCUUUACUCUCUCUCAUAUACUCACUCCUUUUGCCCUUCUCUCUACCGAGCCUUCAUGUCGUUCUAAAAGAAAAAACUCUCUCGCCUCUCCCUCCCCCCCCACCCCUUCUUUUCCCAUCGAGAAAACUUUGCCAAAAGAGAAAGAAGCAAGAAAAGGGAUUGGUGGGGGUCGAAGGAAUCUGAAGGAAGAUUUAUAGACUUCCGCCAUCUCAAUCCUCCCCGUUUCUCCUUGCCCCGUUCUCAUGGAACGCCACCGCUCCCGACAUGAUCACGCCCGGCUCUUGCUCUUGCUCUUCUUCCUCCUCCUCGCCGCCGCCGGCCCCUCCCCCGCCGCCGCCUCCGCCCUCUCGGGGCGCGUCCAGUGGGACGGCGUGGUCGUCACGCAGGCCGACUACCAGGCCCUCCGGGCCGUCAAGCACGAGCUCGUCGACUCCCUCGGCGUCCUCCGCAGCUGGAACGACAGCGGCUACGGCGCCUGCUCCGGCGGGUGGGCCGGCAUCAAGUGCGUCAAGGGCCAGGUCAUCGCCCUCCAGCUCCCCUGGAAGGGCCUCGGCGGCCGGGUCUCCGAGAAGAUCGGGCAGCUCCGGGCGCUCCGGAAGCUCAGCCUCCACGACAACCUCCUCGCCGGCGCCGUCCCUUACUCCCUCGGGUUCCUCCCCGACCUCCGAGGGGUCUACCUGUUCAACAACCGCCUCGCGGGGACUAUCCCUCCUUCCCUCGGCAACUGUCCUCUCCUGCAGGCCCUCGACUUGAGCAAUAAUUUGCUGUCGGGGACCAUUCCCCCGAGCCUCGCCAACUCCACCAAGCUGUUGCGGCUCAAUUUGAGCUUCAAUACCAUCUCUGGGCCUAUCCCGAGCGUCGUCAGCCGGUCCCCUUCGAUCGCCAUUCUCGCUCUCGACCACAACAACAUCUCGGGACCGAUCCCGGCCUCCGUCUCCAAGCUGGGCACGCUUCAAAUCCUCUCUCUGAGCCACAACCAGAUUGGAGGAACCAUACCAAGUGACAUAGGGGAGCUUUCUCAACUUGAGGAACUGGACUUGUCGUUCAAUGCCAUCAGUGGGAGCUUGCCCUCCAGUCUCUUCAACGUGUCGUCCCUUUCGGUGCUGGACUUGGAGGGAAAUCGCCUAGACGGUGAAAUCCCAGAGAAUUUGGGCGCCAUGCGGAACCUUUCUGAGCUCAAUUUGAAGAACAAUCGCUUGAAGGGCCCGAUACCUUCAAGCAUCGGUAACAUCUCCGGCAUUGACCGGCUCGAUCUCUCCCAGAAUAACUUCACCGGGGAACUCCCGGCUUCGCUGGCCAAUUUGCCCAAGCUCACCUCCUUCAAUGUGUCCUACAACAACCUCUCCGGUGCCGUCCCGACCGAUCUCUCCAGGAGGUUCAACUCGAGCUCCUUUGUAGGGAACCUCCAGCUCUGCGGCUUCAGCAGUUCUACUCCAUGCCCGACCAUCUCUCCGCCGCCACAGGCCCCUCCAUCUCCAUCUCCGGAGCAGUCUAAUCGUCACCGAGGCCGCCACCUCAGCACCAAGGACAUUGUCCUCAUUGCGGCCGGGAUCCUCCUAGCGAUCCUGCUCAUCCUCUGCCUCGUCCUGCUCUGCUGCUUGAUCAGGAAAAGGGCGGCGUCCAAGAAGAAGAACGGGAAGCCCGAGAAAGCGGCCGGCGGCGGCGGGAUCUCCGAGAAGGCGACCGCGUCCCGGGAUGUCGAGGCCGGCGACAUCGGCGGGAAGCUGGUGCACUUCGACGGGCCAUUCGUGUUCACGGCCGACGACCUGCUGUGCGCGACCGCGGAGAUCAUGGGGAAGAGCGCGUACGGGACCGCCUACAAGGCGUCGCUGGAGGACGGGAACCAGGUGGCGGUGAAGAGGCUGCGGGAGAAGAUGACCAAGGGGCAGAAGGAGUUCGAAGCGGAGGCCGGCGCUCUCGGCCGGAUUCGGCACCCGAAUCUCCUGGCGCUCCGGGCCUACUACUUGGGUCCCAAAGGAGAGAAGCUUCUCGUGUUCGAUUACAUGUCCAUGGGAAGCCUCGCUUCUUUCCUCCACGCUCGGGGACCUGAGACCACCGUCGACUGGCCGACGAGAAUGAGCAUUGCCAUCGGGGUGUCGCGGGGGCUGCACCACCUCCACGCCCAGGAGAACAUCGUCCACGGCAACCUCACCUCCACCAACAUCCUCCUCGACGACCGCACCGUCCCCCACAUCGCCGACUUCGGCCUCUCGCGCCUCAUGACCUCCUCCGCCUCCACCACCGUCGUCGCCACCGCCGGCGCCAUCGGGUACGCCGCGCCGGAGCUCGCCAAGACCAAGAAGCCCACCCCCAAGACCGACGUCUACAGCCUCGGCGUCGUCUUCCUGGAGCUCCUCACCGGGAAGUCCCCCAGCGAGGGCCCCAACGGCGAGGACCUGCCGCAGUGGGUGGCGUCCAUCGUGAAGGAGGAGUGGACCAACGAGGUGUUCGAUCUGGAGCUCAUGAGGGAGACGCCGACCAUCGGCGACGAGCUGCUCAACACCCUGAAGCUGGCCCUCCACUGCGUCGACCCGUCCCCGGCGGCGAGGCCAGACGUGGAGCAGGUUCUGCGGCAGUUGGAGGAGAUUAAGCCGGAAGUAGCCGCCGGAGCUAAGGACGACGAAGGGAAGGCCGAAUCUCCCGAUGAAUGAAUGACAAGUGGGGUUUUUUUAGUGUAGAAAUAUAAAAGAAGGAAAAUUAAGGAGGAAAAAGUUUAGUAAAUUAUUUGGUUUUCUGGGGGUUAAGGCAUUUUCUGUAUUUAAGUGAUAUUUCAUUAUUCUUUUGUUCUUCGGGUGGACAAUAACUUGAGAAGCGGUACUUUAUGCUAAAUUCUUUUAAUUUAUUAUUUUAUUAAUUGUUGGUGUCUGUAAAUGCAGCCAAAUGAAAUUGAGAUUACGGUCGUUUCAA